AUGCGCCUGUAUGACCCAUCGGUCAUGGCAGUUCCGUUUAAGUUGAAUAAUGACGGAUUUUCCAAGGUGUUUUUCAAUUCAGAUAUCCCCGGUGAUUCCAGUGCUCAGUGGUUUAAUGCGCUGACGGGAAGACUGUUUUUGGCGAUUAAAGAUACCGCCAGAUUGGAAACGUAUUUCCGCAAUAAAAUUAUUAAUAAACUGGCCAGGGUAAAGAAACCCGGGUUUCUCAGCGAGAUCGAUGUACAAAAGAUCGAUUGCGGCAACUCUGUGCCAUUUAUUUCCAAUCCGAAAUUGGGAACGUUUAAUCAGGAAGGAGAAGUCAGUAUGACUGCUAACGUAAAAUAUAACGGUGGGUUCUCAAUUAUUAUUGGCACCAAAGCCAAUUUAAAUGUCAUGAAGAUCAAACAGAGCUUUUCAUUGGUUCUUGGCCUUAAAGUCACAAAACUAGAAGGCUCCAUUAAACUACUUAUUAAACCGCCUCCUUCCAAUCGUAUUUGGUAUGGAUUUGAGUCGGUGCCUCAGCUUGAAUUUGAAACCGAGCCUCAACUUCGUUUCAGGAAUAAAAAUUUCGCCUAUAACUAUGUCGCUAGUAUUAUUGAAAGUAAAAUCAGAGACUUGAUCAAAGAAUCGUUGGUUUUACCGGCCAUGGAUGAUAUGACGUUUUUCCCGUCUGAAGACGACUUUUAUAGAGGUGGUAUCUGGGACUAUUCGAAGCUGAAGGAUAUUUCUGCAAAUGAUAAGCAGCAAACAGACGAGUCAGCGGGUCAGGAAGUUGAAGAUGAUCUCGAUAGUAGAGAGAGAGUAAGCGGGUUGGGUAGAUCUAAGACUGUACCGGUAUUGUCAGUCUCUUCAGCUACUGAACUUAUUGAAGGAGAAGAGAAUCUACGUCAUAGAACAGCUCGUUCUCAUACCGCAGUUGCCGGUACUACUGCUUCGUCGAUAGAUGACAGCGAUGUAGUUAGUGAGCUGGAUCUGGAUACAGGUGUUUUAAGAGGCCGGGCUAAUUCUCUGAAUCCUUCUAUCAGUUCGACCGAUAGCGAAUAUAACCCGGCUGAACACAUUGGAGAAUUAAAGGGGUUUGGAUACUCGCCAGAUGGAAAGAUUCAACCUCAGGCUAUGUUGUCUUCUGCUGCUUCUACUAAUACGGCAGGUAGCUCUCAAAAGGAUACAUUAGGAGGAGCUGGUUUGGCGACUAAGAAGUUUCUUACCAAAACUUGGAACUCGUGGUAUUCGAAAGACAAGCAAGGAACAACCAGUACUGGUUCUACAAGCAAUGGGACUGGUAUUGGUAGCAAUGGCGAUGUUAUUGGAUCCAAUGGCAGUGAUAAUAGUCUUGGUAAAAACUCACCCAAGCCACAGGUGAUUAAACAAGCUCCAGCACCACACGAGUUUCCUAGAGAGUUUCUUUCUUCAAUUGAAAAUAAUAAUUCAUCUAACCCGUAUGGACCAGCUCCUGAAAUGAGACUGCCAGCAACAUAUCCCGUUCCACAAGCUCAAAUGCGAGCUGACUAUCAAGAACUGGCUAAAAAGACUCCAAAGAGAAAGCCAGUAGGUGGUUCCAGUAGUAAAGAUUCAGCAUCAGAAAAUGGAAAGGCCACGACAGAUGAGAAAGAAACGGAAGCAGGAACUGACGAAAUGGGUCAAGAAGAAGGACAACAAAGUGAAAGAAGUAGAAGAGAUAGUUUUGGACGACGACUUAGUCUGCGAAUUUCUCGUAGUCGAAGCCGUUCUCGCAGUCGGUCUCGAAGUCGCUCUAGAUCUGAGUCUAAAGAAUCAAUUAGCUUUGGCAAUGACUAUGAUCAUGACGAUUCAUUCGACAAUGAAGACCAUAGCGGUUCACAUUCUAGCGACAAGCCAAGAAAGUCUCUCAGUGACAGCAUCUCUACCUUGAAAGAUAUAAACACGAGCAGAAAUAGCAACUACAGCAACAACAACAACAGCAGCAGCAGCGACAUUAAUAGACCGGUACAAUCACCAACAUUCGGACCCAGAUCCCCUACCACGCCAUUUAGCUAUCCGUCGUCACCACGAGUUGUUGUGUCGUCAGCAUCAUCAUUGCAACGAACUGGGUCUGCUGUGUCAGUAACUUCAAGUUCAUCUGAUAUGUCCACAGGUACCGGCUACAGUGAAUCCAUGUCAUCACGCAGAAUGUCUUCAGUAGCGGUAAAACUAAACGAAAACAGACCAAAUGUCAAUUCAGGAACCAAUGGAGCAGCCUCAUCGUUACCUGGUCCUGGAGAUGCCAUUACUUUCCAUCCCAGUCCUCCUACCACUACCACUACAACUGUGUCAGCUAUCACCUCGAACUCGUCUACCACCUCAUCUCCUCACAUGGGUUCUUCAUCUCCAAGACUCCAGGACUAUUCAAUGCCCAUUCUUCAGCCCACUGCUAUCAUGACCACUGGUACCACUACCGCAACCAGUACUUCAUCAGCUACCAGCACUUCUACUUCCACUUCUACGUCAACAGCCGGAAAUAUUUCAACUUCCACAUCCACCUCAACUACUGAUAACACUACCGGUACCAAUACUGCUACCACAACAUCAGCUGGACUCAUCAACAGCAAUGGAUCAUCGUCAUUCGACACCAUCAGUGACAGUCGGCCGUCCAGUCCAGCUCGACGAAGCAAUACUGUCAAACGAAAAGCAGUUGGUUCAGGUACCAGUUCCACUACUGCCACCAGCAACAACUCUGUUCCUCCUCUCCCCUCGUCUGCCAUUCCUCCACUCCCACCUCGCACCCUUCCUACUACAGCUACUACCAACACCACCACAACAGCCAUGCCUCCACUUCCUCCACGAGACCUUACAUUAACCACAGCUGUCUCCUCGUCCGCACCACCACCACCACCUCUGCCACCACGAACCGACUCGGCCCAAUCGACCUCGUCCACCGCCUCGUCAUCCUCGUCCGACGAAGUGACUCUCACCGUCCUCAAAUCCGAGUCCCUCCCGACAUAA